AUGCUUUCCCUUACUACAUUUCUGGUGCUGUGGACAUUCACAGUCCAAACCCUUGCCAAAGCUGUAAACACCAGCUCUUUCUUGGCAAUCCCCAACAAGUCACGAGUUUUCAUCCUCUCGGACAUCUCAAACGAACCCGAUGAUGCCGAGUCCUUGACCAGAUAUCUUCUCUAUUCCAAUCAGUUUCACACCGAAGGCAUUGUGGCCGUGACAUCCACAUGGCUGAAGAAUGAAGUCCACCCAGAGCAAAUGCUGUCGAUUAUCGAUGCAUAUGCGAAUAUCACCGAUAAUCUGAACCGUCAUGUACCUCUCGACUCCCAUUAUCCAUCCGGGAAGCACAUGCGCAGCCUUGUGCGCAAAGGUGCCACCAGCUAUGGUAUGACCGCUGUGGGCAAGGAUGUGGCCCUGAGCGACGGAGGAAAGCUACUCCUUGAGCGCCUCCAAGAAGAAUCCGAUCAACCCCUGUGGGUUCUCGCCUGGGGAGGAACCAACGUGCUUGCGCAAGUCCUCUACAAAAUCCACGACACAUACUCAGCGACCGAAGCUUCAGCCUUGCGGUCCCGAAUUCGCGUCUACGCCGUCUCAGACCAAGACGAUACCGGCGCAUGGAUCCGGCAGCAAUUCCCAGACAUUCUCUACAUCUCCUCGACACACGGCUGGAACCAAUAUGGACUUGCGGCCUGGACUGGUAUCUCUGGAGAAAAUUACUACGGCGAAGAUCAAGGCGGACCUGAUUUCUCCAAAGUUUCGCACGACUGGUUGCGCAAGAAUAUUCAGAUUGGUCACUAUGGCAAAGCGGCCUAUCCGAACUACCAAUACAUCAUGGAAGGCGAUACCCCGACCUUCCUGUAUCUCAUUCAAAAUGGACUUGGUGUCCCUGAGGAGCCUGACUAUGGGUCGUGGGGUGGGCGGUACAUGAAGAUCAACCCGUCGACUGUCCUGAAUUUGAACCACUACAGCGAUGCGGCCGACCGGGUCGUGGGGAAGAAUAAUGGAACCUUCAUCUCGAACCGGGCGACAGUCUGGCGGUGGAGAAAUGCCUUCCAGAAUGAUUUCGCUGCUCGGAUGCAGUGGUCUCUCCCGGCGAGUAUGAGCAAAGCGAAUCAUCACCCUAUCAUCUCAGUCAACGGCAGUGCUGAGCUUGCUCCGCUAAAGAUUAGUGCUGCUGCCGGAUCGACUAUCACGUUCAAUGCUGCGGCCACAUCGGAUCCGGAUGGUGACAGUCUGACUUACAAUUGGUUCCAGUACCGUGAGCCCGGGUCUAGUGACUGGAAUGUUGUAGGCCAGGUGCCGCAAUUAAAUAUCAGCUCAGUGGAUGGCGGCCGACAGGUACAGGUGCAAAUUCCUGCAGCUAGUCGGAGCUGCGACGGGGAAGCCCUCACCCCGUCGGGUUGCUGGUUGCUCCAUCUUAUACUUGAAGUCGCGGAUGAUGGAUACCAUCCCCUGACGAGCUAUCGUCGGAUCUUGAUCCAGACUACAAAUACUACGGAGACAUUGUCUUAA